AUUAUUUCUGAUGCAAUUUCUCAGUCUGCGUCGCACAUUCGCUUACAUUUCGAACCAUACGUCGGUCUAAAUAAAUUUAUUAAACUAUUUAAUAACUAAAUACAUAAAUAUGUUGGUUAGAAAAUUAGACAGUUGCUGUUGUUGUAUAGAUUUGAAAACCGGAGUUUUGGUCAUCGGGAUUAUAAGUAUCGUAUUCGAUAUCGGAGCUUUGAUCCAAGCACCAAUAGCUUAUACUCAAGCAUGUUCCGGUUUUAGAACGCCAGAAAAUAAUCUCGAGUGCGCUGGAGCAAAUAUGCGAUUGGGUGUUUCGAUAAGCAGUGCAGUUUUUGGGAGUAUUUUGAUGGCUCUAAUGAUCUAUGGAUCCCAAACGGAAAAUUACACUAUAAUGAUGCUAAUAGCAAUUCUUCAGGCAGUUGGAAUAGUAAUUGGCACCUGUAUCAUCUGGUAUUUAUCAAUUAUUUUAUUGGCAUUUUCUUUGGGACAUGGAAUUUUGAUGCUAGUUAUUGGCAAUAUUGCGAUUGCUGUGUCUAUAUAUCUGUGGCUAGUUAUUUCUAGCCGAUGUCAAGAAAUUAAGGAUGCAAGUUACAAGUCACCGAUAAUUGCAUAAAUUAUUUUUUCUUUAUUAUUUUUAUUAUUUACAUGGGUUUUUUUUUUUAUUGUAUACAUAAUUAAGUAUAUUUUUUUUAUCAUUAAUUUUAUACUUUAUACAUAUUUCUGAUUGAAAAUACUGAAUACGACAAUAUUUUACAAGUUUUAUUAUAAGAGGAUACUGAUGAUUAGUUUUUAUUAAUAAUUCAUAAUUUAUAAUUGAUAAUUAUGACUGAUUAUUAUAAAUAUAUGUAUACUUGUAUGCGUUAAUUUUAUCAUUUUUUUAAGGCGGCCUUAAAUGAAAGCUCUGUCCAUACUUGUAACUAGUGAGAAAACUUACAAUAUGCCAAAAAUGUAUGUAUAUAAAACGCUAUAUGUGGAGGAUGCAAUUUGCUGAUAAUAAUAAAAUUUAAGUGAUAAAUUUUAAAUACUGAUAUACAUUUAUAUAUGUAGUAAACUAUAUGACAAGAAUUUUGAAUUGCCUUGAAGAUUGGACUGUGGCCUGAACGUUAGAGCCUUAUUAUAAUUUUUGAGAUGUGAUAAUUUGGAGGAAUAUAUUAGAGUUCAAAAUAUUUUUAAAUUUUAAUCUUGGAAAGUAAUUAUCCAAUGUAUGUUUACUCGUGAUUAUUGACCUAACUAUUAGUGUAACUUUCCUAGUUUCAUCUAACUUUGGCAUACCAAACUUAGGCAAGCUUCAGGUUAACAUUGCUACCUACCAGUCAGGAAUUCCAAUAGUAUGCCGUACUUCGGCAAUGCCACAGAGUUUCGUGCGCCCCGGGUCAAAAAAUUAGAUCUGUUUUAAAAUAAAUGAUAAAUUCAAAUAUUUUUCCUUUAAUUCAAGUUUAUAAAUCGUAUUUAUUUUAUAUAAGAAUUUAAUCUGUUUUUGCCCGUACUAUUCCUUAUCCAGGCUAAUAUCAGACUUAUUUUCGUAUGAUAUUUAGUCUGUUUUAAAUCGCGUUUAGACUAAAAAUAGACUUUUUUUAUUAUAAUUAUUGGUCUGUGUUCAAUUGUUUUUUAAGGACAAAUACAGGACUUUUUAUAAAUAUAAAUAAUAAUAAUAAUAAUAAUCUAGAUUUAUUAAUUUAUUUUAAUUUUCUUGGUAUUUAAAACAUGCUAAUGCGCUUCAAUAAUAAGAUGUCACAGAGAAAAAAUGUUGGCUCGAAACCUACCAAUUUUUACAAUGCUGUCGACUAAACUUGAAACAGGGAGUAAAGCAUCCAAAAAAUUAUCGUGCUCUUACAAAAAAUGAUUAUACUGUAUCACAUUACUUAUUACGCACGAGAAACUUAUCGAUGAGCUUCAAUAUCAAUUACUUCCAUACAUUAUAAUAAUUUUGAUGCAGCAUAAUAAUUUUUUAUAAGAGCAUAGUAAUUUUUUGGAUACUUUACUUUCUGUUUCAAGUUUAGUCGACAGCAUAAUAAAGAUUGGUAGAUUUCGAGCCAACAUUUUUCUCCGUAGCACAAGAAUUUUGAUGUUUUCUUAUGCCAAAAUAUUUUCAAUUUUAUCCAGUAAAUAAGAGAAAAUUCUUGACAUUUUAAGAGUUGUUUUAUCACUUUUAUUAUAUGAUAUAAAUAUUCAAUGAAGACAACUAAAAAAUUAAGCUGUCAAAUUUUCAUUAACUGCCGACAUUUUUAAACAAAAGAUAGUAAAUAAAACAUAAUCAAUUCUGCAACUUAAUAUUUUUUCAUAAAUAUUG